AUGGGUACUGUGGUUGUUUACCCAUCACUCUCAACACUUCCAACACCGCUCCAGCAGAAUAUAACCGGAGAUCCUGAUCUAGUCUUCAGACUUGAUUUUGAUGUAUUAGCUGACUUAAUCGCGAAGUUAUUGGGCAGCACAACAACUGCCGCAGCCAGCACUGCUUCUGCCGCGGUUAGCACUGCUACUGCUGAGGCCACCACUGCUUCUGCCAGUACUGCUUCGGCAACCACUAAAGGCACUCCGGUGAUAACAACCGUCAGCCCAGAUGGCGUGACUAUUCCUGGAGUUGGGCCUGGUAAUGGAAUAUCAGUUGUGGUACUCAUCGACUUCACAAAAUCGACCCAGAACAAUUGGGAUGCCGUGAGUGAACUUUGA